AAAAGGGUUUUAUUUUAAUAAAUCGCAGAAGAAAACAAAAUAAUUUUUUCCCGAAAAUAAUUGAGAAUUUUAAAAAAAGCGAAAGGGCACGACAGAAAUUGUGGUCUUGGUGCAUUUAACUCUGCUAAUUUCCCGGUUCACGCCGGCCCCCCCCUCUCUCUCUCUCUCUCUCUCUCUCUGGUGUCUUAGUCGCAUAAACCUCGACGAACCAGAGCUCGCCGAGGUUCUUCCAUGGCAGCUGGUCUCUCCACCUCCGUAACACUCAAACCACUCAUUCGCUCCUUCUCCGCCUCCUGUCGCCGCCGUCUCGACCAUUACCCGAAAUCCGCCGCCGUAUUCGCACCGCUUCCCCGGCUCCGUGCCUCCUUCCCGCGGCGGAGAAGCUUCACCGUCUGUUUCGUCCUGGAGGAGCAGAGACAGAGCGCUCAGAUCGAGAACCCGCUCGAUGAGAGCUCGAGCUCCGUCGACGCCGAGAUCCUGGCGUCGCGAUUGGCAGAGAAAUUGGAGAGGAAGAAAUCGGAGAGGUUCACGUAUCUCGUUGCGGCGGUGAUGUCGAGCUUCGGAAUCACUUCCAUGGCGGUUAUGGCUGUUUACUACAGAUUCUCCUGGCAAAUGGAGGGAGGUGAGGUGCCAAUAUCUGAGAUGUUCGGUACAUUUGCUCUCUCCGUUGGUGCUGCUGUGGGCAUGGAAUUUUGGGCAAGAUGGGCUCACAGAGCUCUCUGGCAUGCUUCCUUGUGGCACAUGCACGAGUCUCACCACAAACCCAGAGAAGGGCCGUUCGAGCUAAACGAUGUGUUCGCCAUAAUCAACGCCGUUCCUGCGAUAGGGCUCCUCUCCUAUGGAUUCUUCAACAAAGGCCUCGUCCCUGGUCUCUGUUUCGGCGCUGGUCUUGGAAUUACGGUGUUUGGGAUGGCCUACAUGUUCGUCCACGACGGUUUGGUUCACAAGAGAUUCCCCGUUGGCCCAAUUGCCAACGUGCCUUACUUCCGAAGAGUUGCCGCAGCUCACCAGCUACACCACACAGACAAAUUCAAGGGCGUGCCAUAUGGGCUGUUUCUUGGACCAAAGGAGAUUGAAGAAGUGGGAGGAAAGGAAGAGCUGGAGAAAGAGAUAAGCAAGAGAAUAAAACUGUACAAGAAGGGUACGGCUUGAUUAGGAGGGACCCACUUACACUUGUUUUGGUUUUGGUUUGUGGAAGAAAAUCUAUGUUGUUUUAACCCCCAAAAAAAUGUAUACAAAGUAAUUAUAUUAUUAUUGUAUUUGUUAUAUGUUAAUGGGAAGUCGAUUAGCGUUUUAAUGCUUU